UGUCCUCCGACAGCACCUCCGACACAACCUUUUUAUCCUCCGACACCAUCUUUUUAUCCUCCGACACAACUUUCUUAUCCUCCGACACCAUCUUCUUAUCCUCCGCCACCAUCUUCUUAUCCUCCGAUAGCAGCUUUCUAUCCUCCGACCGCACCGUCUUAUAAUCCGACAGCACCUUCUUAUCCUCCGACACCAUCUUCUUAUCCUCCGACACAACCUUCUACAUCCUCCGACACCUUCUUAUCCUCCGACAGCACCUUCUUAUCCUCCGAAAGCACCUUCUUAUCCUCCGACACAACUGUCACGCAGGAAUACACCUUCUUAUCCUCCGACAGCACCUUCUUAUCCCCCGACACAACCUUCUUAUCCUCCGCCACAACCUUAUCCUCCGACACAACCUUCUUAUCCUCCGACAACAUCUUCUUAUCUUCCGACACAACCUUAUUAUCCUCCGACAGGACCUUCUUAUCCCCCGACACAACCUUCUUAUCCUCCGACAACAUCUUCUUAUCCUCCGACACAACCUUCUUAUCCUCCGACAGGACCUUUUUAUCCCCCGACACAACCUUCUUAUCCUCCGACAACAUCUUCUUAUCUUCCGACACAACCUUCUUAUCCUCCGACAGGACCUUCUUAUCCCCCGACACAACCUUCUUAUCCUCCGACAGGACCUUCUUAUCCCCCGACACAACCUUCUUAUCCUCCGACAACAUCUUCUUAUCCUCCGACACAACCUUCUUAUCCUACGACAACAUCUUCUUAUCCUCCGACACAACCUUCUUAUCCUCCGACAACAUCUUCUUAUCCUCCGACACAACCUUCUUAUCCUCCGACAAGACCUUCUUAACCUCCGACAAGACCUUCUUAUCCCCCGACACAACCUUCUUAUCCUCCGACAGCACCCUUCUUAUCCUCUGA